UGCGUCUUUUGAGAUACAUGGUAUAGCAGUCUGUUGGGAAAAUUCUCCUGUGUACUAUAUUAACCUUCCUAAGGAUCUAAUGUUGCCUGAAAGAAGAAAUAAGAAUUUGUCCAUAUCUGAAUCUAGUGAUAACAGCAAAAGUGCAAAUCCUGAACAUUCUUUGGAGAUAGUUAAACAAAAGUGGAAGAGAAUUGAUGAAAUUAUGGGAAAGUCAGAUGUUAGAAAAUUUACCUGGAAUUUGAAAAUUCAGAUUCAGGUGCUUAAACGUGCUGUAGUUUCCAUUCAGAGACUUAGUAGGCUGAAUCUUACAGAGAAGAACAUGGGAAUUGAACUCAUAGACAACUCCUACUUAUUAUUGUCUUCAGUCUAUAUAAAAGAUGGAAUCGAUCUGUGCAUCGUUGCCUGGAUUCUUUGGCCUGAUGAGGAGAGAAACUCUAACCCAAACCUGGAGAAGGAAGUUAAGAGAAGGCUAUCUGUUGAGGCAACAGCAGCUGCAAACAGGAGUGGCAGGUGGAAGAAUCAGAUGCGAAGAGUUGCACAUAAUGGUUGCUGCCGUCGUGUUGCUCAAACACGAGCCUUAUGUUCUCACCUCUGGAAGAUACUUAUUUCUGAGGAACUUGUUGAUGCACUUAUGAAUAUCGAAAUUCCAUUGGUAUGUUUCCUUGUGCUUAUUCUUUGCAUGAGUUUUUCUAGGGAGAAUAUCUGAGCUGGGAAUGAUUAA